UCCGGCCGGAGGAGGUGGGGCCUGCAACACGCGGUGGGCGGAACUUAGGCAGAGACCCCUACCCGGGAUUGCGUCCCAGACCCGUACCCGGGGUCGUGAUCCCGUCUCCGCCCCACAGUAUGGCCCGCCACGUGUUUCUGACGGGGCCUCCAGGAAUCGGAAAAACAACUUUGAUCCAGAAAGCCAGCGAGGUAUUAAAGUCCUCUGGCGUGCCUGUCGAUGGAUUUUACACAGAAGAAGUCAGGCAGGGAGGGAGAAGAAUAGGAUUCGACGUGGUCACGCUAUCCGGCCUGCGGGGACCUUUGUCUAGAGUUGGGGCGGAACCCGUGCCUGGGAGACGGGAGUGCCGAGUCGGGCAGUACGUGGUGGAUCUGCCGGCCUUUGAGCAGCUGGCGCUUCCGGUCCUGAGGAACGCAGGUUCCAGCAGCGGCCCGGGGUGGAGAGUGUGUGUCAUCGAUGAGAUCGGGAAGAUGGAGCUCUUCAGUCAGCCCUUCAUCCAGGCGGUUCGUCAGACGCUGGCCGCCCCCGGGACCGUGGUCCUCGGCACGAUCCCGGUCCCUAAGGGAAAGCCGCUGGCCCUGGUAGAGGAAGUCCGCCGCAGAGCCGAUGUGCGGGUGUUCAGCGUCACCAAGGAAAACAGAAACCACCUUUUGCCGGAUAUUGUGACGUGUGUGCAGAGCGGCGGGAAGUGAAGGUGGUUUGUGUCACCGCGCUGCUGCGUGCGGAGGAACGUGCCACCCCGAGCAGCCUGCUCGGCCCCGCCUGCCCAGGUUCUGUGCCUUCGGGUCUCGGAG